UGGAAGAUCAAUAGGAACCUGGCAUCAGUUCAGUGUUCCAGCUUCUACAUAGCUGACAUCACUUUGUGUUCUAGAUCUAGCAUCAUAGAGACUCACACCACCAUUUGCCUAUACACUCGCUCUCCUUGGCAACCUUUUCUGACUGAUCUCCUUGCUUUAAGAGAGGUUGUUUUUGCCAUUGCGGCAUUUGGUCCUGAUUUUGGGGCUGCUUCCAUGGUGCCUUGGUUCCUAUCAGUUUUCCUUCUGUUUCUGCUCUCCUUCAAAGCAGCAUCUGGUUGUCUGCAAUGUGACCGCCGCUUCUUGGAUUCUGCAGCCACCGUCAUGAAGGAAACAUUGCCUGGAGACGUACCUGACCGUGAAAUGCUUAUUGAACGGCAUGUUGAGGCCUUGUCAAAUAUUCAUGGCACUUACCUCCGACAGAAAUACGAAAGAGUGCUGGAUGUACGUGGAGUGAAGGCUAUUAAAUCAGAUAUUAUCAGUCGUCUGCGAGAGAUAAAGGCCGGCACGUGGAAAGGGGUUUUCUUGUGGCAACUCUCCUUGUACGAGAUUAGAACCUCCCUGCGACAGCGCAUGCAACGGAUGCUGGAGAAAUUCGCCGACCUUGCUUGUUCAGAGGACUGUACUGUGACUGAAGGUCCCAUUUUGGACUGCUGGACAUGCUUACGGAUUCUUGCCCAAUGUUAUGAUGGAGAGCUCUGUGGAGUGGAAGACAAACGUCUUGCAGAAUACAAUGAAGUUGUUCUUUACGUGUUCCUCGUUUGUGAGUCUGUGGUGUUGACCUCAACUCUGCUUAUAUACAUGGUGUGCAUAAAACACACGAGGACAAGUCUGCAGAAAGCUUUGGCCCGUUAGCUGUGUUGGAAUCCAGAAGAUUUCCCAACGCUGCACCACCUUCCAACAUAUCCUUCACCUUUGAACACUCAGAACAAAUAAAAGGACAUUUCUCUAAGGAAGAA